AAUAUGAUAUUAAAAUCCGAAUUCGCUCGUUUGUCCUUUGCAGGUCUAGCGUUUCGUACACAGAAUUAAUUGCUAAAAAAAAAUGGAAAAUGAAGAAGAAAAAUAGUGUCAACUUCGUAAUAUUAGGAAAGUUAAUGUCUGAAUAUGCAAAAGUAAAAGUGGGCCGCCGUUGAUUUUCAGAAUUCAGGCUUCCUCCGCAUCACAAAUCUUCACAUGCAAAAGAAAUUGAUUAAAUUCUGCAACAAACACAGAUAUAUAAAAACAGUGGAGCUAAUGGGUUCGUCCUCAGCUGAAGCUUUUCCAGCAAUGCAGGAAACUUUGCUGGAGUUUCGUGCUGGUAAAAUGCUGUUGGAAGGAAAAACGGUUGUCCCUGAUACUCGAAAAGGACUCGUUCGCAUAGCUAGAGGUGAGGAGGGACUGGUGCAUUUUCAGUGGCUUGAUCGCACUCAAAAUGUUGUUGAAGAUGAUCAGAUUAUUUUUCCUGAUGAAGCUGUUUUUGAGAAGGUUAAUCAAGCAUCAGGCAGGGUUUACAUAUUAAAGUUCAAUACCGACGACCGGAAGUUCUUUUUUUGGAUGCAGGAGCCUAAAGGUGAAGAUGACUUACAAUUAUGUAGCUCAGUCAAUAAUUUCAUCAAUCAACCAUUAGAAUUCCUUGGUGUAGAAGAGUCUGAUGCUUCUGUUCCUUUGCAAGUGUCUGAAGACAUGGUUGAAGAUGAUAUUUCAUCAAGAGCUGGAAACUUGACUGUUACAAACUUAGGUGCUGAAGCAAUUAGUGAUGUAACCUCUUCAUCAGGGCCGGUUAAAUUGGAAGACUUGCAAAGGAUAUUGAGCAGUAUAGGGCCAGCAGAGAUAGCUGGUGAUCCAGAUGGAGGCUUGGGGUUAGAUGACAUUUUGAGGCCAGAUUUGAUAAUGCCAUUGAUUGAGACAUGGCCAUUGGAAGAGCGAUUAGCUUCAUAUUUACCUGAGGGUCAAUGGACACCAGAGGACAUGUUGGAGUUGCUGCAGAGCCCUCCUUUCCGUCAACAAGUAGAUUCAUUUACUUAUGUACUUCGAACAGGACAAAUAGAUUUGUCUCAGUUUGGUAUUGACCCGAAUAAAUACAAGUUCACUGUUUUGUCUUUCCUUGAGGCACUUGAAGAUUCUGUUUCCAAAAUGUCGGAAUCAGGAGAAACACAGCAAGAUGACAAGGAUUUAAGACCUCAAUCUUGUAAUCGUAAUGACCCCAUGGAUGAGAGCAAAUGAUGGAGAUAAUUUCAUCCAUUACUGUUUUUCUCACCCUCCUUGUUUAUUAUCGGAGAGGAGAAAGGUUGACCCCUUUGUUUUUGGGGGAGGGGGUGUGUACUUUUCAUAUAUCUUCCUAUCCUGAAAAAGGCAGAAAAGAGGCAAUGAAGAAUAGAUAUGGUUUUUGUUGUGGUUCAAACUUUCAGCUACUGUAUGUUGUAGGUUAAGUGGAUGAUUUGUUACCUUGAGAUCAUUUUUAUUACUUGAAACAACCAGAGAAACAAUGAAUUAGGGAUAACAGAUAAAGCUGGAUUUUGUUGUGUUAGAGUUAUACGGGAUUUUUGUGAUUGUUCUCCAUGGAUGAAUUCCUGUUUUAUUGACAUGAAGGAAGAAAACAGUGGAUAU